UAGCAGGGAGGGGGUGACUUAUCAGAGUGGCAAAGGGGCUGGGAGACAAGUCCUGCUGCAGUCCUAAAAAGUGUACAGCUGUCAGAUACCCGGAGAAGAGGAAGGGUGUGCGAGAGCAACCGCUCCUGGUUGCGAGCUUCAGGGGUUUGUGACAUCGUGGUUCUUGGGAACGCUGGAGUCUGAGUGCAGCUACUGAAAAGUCACACAGCUGGCAGUGAAUGCUACUCUCUUUUCAAGGCUGAGUGGACGAUUAGUGAGCGGAUGGGCUCUGCUGGGAAGGCUUGUCCUCACACCAUGACAGCUGACGAGUCAGAAGCUGGAGAGUUAGCUCUGGAGCCCCUGCUCACUUGCAAGCUAUGUCUCUGUGAAUACUCCUUGGAUAAGAUGACCACUCUUCAGGAAUGCAGCUGCAUCUUUUGUACAUCGUGCCUAAAACAGUACAUGCAGCUGGCAAUUCAAGAAGGUUGUGGUUCUCCUAUCACAUGUCCAGACAUGGUAUGCUUGAACCAUGGGACCCUACAAGAAGCAGAGAUUGCCUGUUUGGUGCCUGUUGACCAGUUUCAGUUAUACAAGAGGCUGAAGUUUGAACGAGAAGUCCACUUGGACCCCCAGAGGACAUGGUGCCCUGCAGCCGACUGCCAAACGGUGUGCCAUAUUGCACUGAGCGAGUCGGGAGCGCUGGUGCCGGUGGAGUGCCCGGCUUGCCACCUGACGUUCUGCUCCUCUUGCAAGGAGGCAUGGCACCCGCAGCGCCUGUGCCAGGAAAACCAAACUACUCCAGUAUCAGCUGAGCAGGGUUCACUUAUUGGAACGGAGACAGAGGCACCAAUUAAGCAGUGCCCAGUUUGUCGGAUCUAUAUUGAACGGAAUGAGGGCUGUGCUCAGAUGAUGUGCAAGAACUGCAAGCACACAUUUUGCUGGUACUGUCUCCAGAACUUGGAUAACGAUAUCUUCUUAAGACAUUAUGACAGAGGCCCUUGCAGAAACAAGCUGGGCCACUCGCGGGCUUCCGUGAUGUGGAACAGAACGCAGGUUGUGGGGAUCCUCGUUGGACUAGGUAUCAUAGCAUUGGUGACCUCUCCCUUGCUGCUUGUGGCAUCUCCAUGCAUCAUCUGCUGCAUUUGCAAAUCUUGCCGAAGCAAAAAGAAAAAACACAGCCCGCCAACAACCUAAAACUCCAUGUCUCUUUGAGCCUCCAUCUGUACAGCAUAUGUAUGUGAGAAAGCACAAUGGUUGUAUUUUGGUGCCAUACCUACCAAAUAAUACUCCCUUUUCUUGCCAAUUCUUGGGAUAAGUGCCUAUUCUUUACAGGCUACUCUAUCACUAACAAGUCCCAGCGUGGGAAAAGUCUAGAUAAUUGUGCAGUACAUAUGGUAUAGGUUUUUGCUUUCUAAAAGGAGAACAGGACACCGUUCAGUAGUUCAGACCCUUAAAUAUGAGCCACCUUUUGAGACUGCCAGAACUUUACCAUCUUCCAUCAGCUGCACGUGACUUGAUCCUGCAGUAUUACGCUGCCUUUGCAGACCCAGUCGUUACUGUCAUGCUUUCUGUUGGUUCUCGGUGACACUCAGAUUUCUUAGAAAGUUUUGGGUAUCCUGUAAAAGGGGGAGAUGGAAAAGCCUGAUGAAGUUCUUCUGCCUGCUAGCUCGUCUCCCGUUAAAGGUAACAAACUGUUAAGAAAAUGUAUUUGACAGUUUCCUGUCAACUGGCUGCCAUGGCAUUUCUUUCAGCAUUGAAAUCAAUUUGAUUUAUGCUAUUGAUCUCAAUUAUAGAAGUAAAACCAACAAAACUAUUUCUAACUAAGAUUCUCUCUUCUGAGAGACGGGACUACCUUGAGAAAGGUAUUAUUUUUUCAGAUCAAACAUGACAUAUCUACCUUGAAAUAUCAGGAGUAUGCAUAUUUCCCUGCCAUUGGGCACGCCUGUUGUCAGUAACGUGGGUGUAGCAAACUCACCAUGAAGCUAAUAUUUUAAGAAAGGCCAUGAUACAGUUCCUAUUUUCUGUGCAGUAUUGGGAUCUUGGUUGUGCAUAUAUAGAGUGGCCGUAUGGGCGUGGAUGUACCAAGCCCAUAUGCACAAUUUAUUUUCUAGGCAGUCAAUAUAUUUUUUCAACAGUUUACAUGGGGUAGCAGCAAGAACCCUGUUAAAAAGUUACUCAGAUCAGGCUAAGCCAAACCCUCCUUUAAAACCUUACAGACCUGCUGAAGUGAGUACUCGAGAAAUGCUGUGUAAAUGUAAGCUCCAUCCAUUGGCGGGUAUUUCUUCUGUCCCGCUCAAGGUUAACAAACUCUGUUACCGAUAAUUUUUAGUUACUCUAAAUCUGAAAGGCUGUCAUUUAAUGAACCCUUCAUUUUAGUUUGGUGCCUCACCACCAAACUAAUUCAGACCCUGGUAUCAGUUACACCUGUAUAAGUUCGCUGAAACCUCACUGAAGAGCUGGAGUUACUCCAGGCUCACUCAGGAGUAGCUGAGAUCAGACCCUGCUCCCUGGAAUUUAUUUCCUUGAUGGCUGGUGCUCCUCACAACCCUGGCCGGUGGUGGCUUUUGUUCUGGACUCCCGUCUGUGCAUUUUAUAUCUGUGGGAAUUGAUACGAAUUUGCACUAUAUAAUCUGUUGUAAUGCCAAACCCCUUUCGGUAAGGGCUGCAAGGUUUAAAUGAGAUGCU